GGCGUCCGAGCGCACUGAGCACAACAUCCAAAAAAGAAAUCUAAAAUAUGAUUGAAUCCUCUACCUUUAAUGAGUUUUAGUGAGUACAGCAAUGUAUACGUUUAUCGUUAUGUAACCAAACAAAAGUCGUGCGUAAAGUUUACUUUUACUUUGGAGACCAUGCGCAGCUUCUCGGAGCCGUGCGUCCCAGGUGAGGAACCACAAAUCUUUCCAACCAGACUCGGAGAUUCAGCCCGCCACGGGACCAUCUUGUCCGGACCUUCGCUCUUCUCAGCCAUGGCCCUAGCCUCCCGGAGCUCAACAGAUCCGGGUUUGGAUGCCGGCGCGCGCCCGGUGACACUCCAGUCGCAACCGGAGCAGAUUCUGUGCAGGCCUCCCGGAAUUCUGGAGGAAAGAGGACUGACAGAGGAUGAACCGAAAGUUUAUUUGGAAGCCAAAAACCUUUGGACACAGUUUCACAAAUUCGGAACUGAAAUGGUCAUUACAAAAUCUGGAAGGCGCAUGUUCCCGCCGCUGAAGGCCCGGUGCACCGGGAUGGACAGAGCAGCCAGAUAUGUUGUUCUGAUGGACAUCGUGGCGGCGGAUGACUGCAGAUUUAAGUUCCACAACUCCCGCUGGAUGGUGGCGGGGAAGGCGGACCCGGAGAUGCCCAAACGCAUGUACAUCCACCCGGACAGUCCGGCGACGGGCGAGCAGUGGAUGUCCAAAGUGGUCAACUUCCACAAACUUAAACUGACCAACAACAUCUCCGACAAGCAUGGAUUUACCAUUCUAAACUCCAUGCACAAAUACCAGCCGAGAUUCCACAUAGUGAAGGCUCCUGACAUCCAGAAGCUUCCCUACAGCACGUUCAGGACCUAUGUGUUCAGCGAGACGCAGUUCAUCGCAGUCACAGCCUACCAGAACGACAAGAUAACGCAGCUGAAAAUAGACAACAAUCCUUUCGCUAAGGGAUUCCGGGACACGGGCAACGGAAGAAGAGAAAAGAGGAAACUACAACAUUCAUCACAAAGGUCUAAAGAGAUGCGGUUGGCUGACGUGGAAUCAGAAUCUGUAAAAAGUUCAGACAAUUCCAAAUCUUCAGAUGCUCAUGAAAGUGAGAGUGACAAAGAGGAAAAUGUAAAGGACAAUCCUGGAGAACAGCGGGACACAGAAUCCGAGCCAAAGGUUUCCACAGCAGGUCGGACACUUCAGACCUCAGUUCAGAGAGGAGUGGACCCCCGACAGAGCCGUGUCCUCAGCAUGUCAGCUGAUGGAGCGGGCCGCUGCCAGCCAAAGGACUCAGAUGAGGAACCAUUCUGCAGGGGUUUAGCACACUGCUGUGUUUACCCAGCGGAUUAUAACGGACCACUGCGGGAUCCGAGGAGUCUUCUCCUCUCUGCUCAGGUGAACAGCUGGAGCAGCUGUGCCCCGCUGGGCCAAGCAGGGCCCGGGGGGCUGAGCCUGCAGGCAGCCCCUGUCAGAGCUGCAGGGACGUCAGGGUUUCCUACGGGCCUCCAACAGCACGCACCGGACCUGGUGGGCCUCUCACACUUUGGAGGCUUUCUGCUUUAUCCCUACUCCAGCUUCCCUGCAGCCUCAGCCCAUUACCUCCUCCCAUCAGUGCGGUCCAGGGUGGAUCUCAGAGCAUAUCCAAGCAUCCACACUCAGGAUUACAUCCCCUCUCCUAUGAUGUCUUCCUUUGUUCCUGCUUUGGGUGGUGGUGGAUUGAAAUAUCUCGCCCCCAAUUUGCUUAUGCUACCCAAAACAGACCAGGACUCAGUAGAAGACGCUGAAACUGACUGCAAUCAAGACGAGUCGCAAACAGGGUGA